AUCAUCAUUAUUUCACUAUUAGAAACCUAUGGGUAAAUCAAUUUUACUUCAGAUAAAUACCUGCAUUUUCAAUCUGCUUCUUGAAAGGAGACAAGUUUCCAGUCAUUCUCCAUGUCUAUAAGCCCAAAGUCACUGGUAGUGUAUAUUCAAUACUUGGCAAAAUUCUUGAAAUGAAUUAUUGCACGUGUAAGCAUAAAAAAGGUACUGUUCUUUCCCAGAUUAAGAAAUAUCUGCAGAUAAAUGUGCCUGAGCUGGGAAUUCACCUCAUCCCCUUUCUCAGAUUGCAAAAUUGUGGAAUGUUUGAGGAACAUAGUUUGCAUUCAUAAAUAUUUACAGUUACAGGGCAACCAGCAUGGGGUUGCUUUUUAUCUUAACUGCAUCAGAAUGUACAGACCAAGACAUGGUCUCCAGGCCCCCUCAGUGUGUUGUUCCCCAGUGUGCACGUGCUGCCAGUGUUUCUUGCUAGGCAGGAGGAAAUGCUCUGUUCAACCCUCCUCCACGCUUCACCUCUCUGUGUUGUGAAAGCAGCAGUGUUGGCUGCAGCUCAUUUCUGUCAGCCAAGGGUCAUGACCUGGAGUGCAGGCCAAGGAGAUAUGGUGUCACAUUCAUAUUUUCUGAAAAAUCCCUUUGCCCAGGAGUUUCUCCUGGGAAGAUGAGAAGCCUCAGAGAAAAAGGAAAAUAAAUUCUUACCUCAUUUGUUUCUCCCGUGUUGUGGUCACAUGUGGAAUGUGUUUGGAGAUUGUUUAUCCAACUGGUGAUGGCUUCAUUGGUUUCAUGUGGAUUGUUUUGACUUACUGGUCAAUUAUGGUCAAGCUGUGUCAAGGCUCUUGAAAGAGUCACGAGUUUUCAUUAUUAUCUUUUCAGCCUUCUGUAAAUAUCCUUUCUCUAUUCUUUAGUAUAGUUUAGUAUUCUUUAAUAUAAUAUAGUAUCAUAAAAUAAUAAAUUAGCCUCUGAGAACAUGGAGUCAGAUUCACCAUUCCUUCCUGCCAUGGGGCACCAUGCAAAUACAAUAAUUUGGGAAAGCAGGGCUCAGGCUGUUCCCUGCUGGAGCCCCAAGCUGCAGCUUUAUCUCAGCUCCAGCAUUGUUGUCACUACUGCUGUCCUCCUUGCUGGACACCAGGGGAUGCACUCUGAGAUGUCCUAAAGUAUCCCUCUAGCACCUGCCUUCUUGCAAUUGUCCUCAUGUUUUGCAGAAAUGCAUUUUUUGUCCUCAUUGUCCUUCGUGUUGUGCAGAAAUGUUGGUUUGGAGAGAACGUGAAACAGUGUAAGACUCAAAAUAUCCUCUACAGUCCAGAGUGUGUGAGCUCUUGUAGGGAAGGGGUUCCUUGGGUCAGUUUUGAAGGCAAUGCUUUGCUCCAAGUCCCUGGGCAAAGUGCCACAUGCCUGUACCCCAACUUACAGGAGUCAUUUUCCUUGUUUUGUAAAAAUCGAAAAGGUGAUGGCCGGGACUAUCUGCAGCCAGCGGAGAAGGACUUGAGCUGCUGUGUACUGCAAGGGUGCAGGUCAUCAGGCUGUGAGCUGGGUUGUAGCAAAACACAGCACUCCAGUCCCUGCAGUGGCUAAGCUGUUACACUGUGAAGUAUCAGCUUCAGGAGGACAAAAAUCUUUGUCCUUGUGCUUAGGGUUUAGAUUCUUGUUGCAAAUUGUUCCAUUCUGAGAUACAUCAUGCUACAGAGUAUCUGUCCUGCUCCAGGUUAUGGAAAAUGUCUCCGCUCCCCUUAAGUUAAUUUUUUUUGUCUGAAGUCCAGUGACACCCAAGAACAGUUACUACUGACACUUUAUUAACUUUAUUGCACCUCUUUCAACUCCUGCCUGUGCCCUGCAGCUCCAGGAGCAAAUUGUUCCCUGUAGCAGAGUUGUGUGUGGGGCAGCUGCCCUUCACUCUUCAGAGGGGCACCUGAAGGGCUCUCCUGGACUCACCAAAUCAUGUACAAGGCCACACAAUGGAGACACCUCCUGCACGCUCACUUGAGUGCAACUGCACUCGGCCCUGGAGUUUUCUGCAGAGGAAAGGGUUGUGUCAAGCUGUUAACCAAGGGGAGUGAGCAGGCUUUAAGCAGGGAGAGCACAGUGGGUACUUAAACAGUGAACCAUGCCAAUAGGGCCAGACAGUUGAUUUAAAGUCUAGCAGAAUUGUGGCUGUAUGGAUCUGAAUUAAGUAAAAUGUUUACUGCUGUGUCCAAAAUUUUCCACCUGAGCCCCAUGGAGCUGCUGUUGCAGCAAGGUAGCUGGAGACCCUCAAGAGGUGCCUGUAAGAGCAAGCCAAGGCAAAAGGAACCAUUCAGAGCCCCUCGAUGGUCUGUGUGUCUGUGCUGUCUUAGAUCAGCAGGGAUGUAGGUGUAUAUGCUUUGCUUUGCAAUGGAGUUAAGAGCAGCACUUCACAUUUUCCAUUUCAUUCACUCUGGAAUUCAUCUGGCAAUCGCAGCACACAUGGGAAUUUCACUUAGCAGUUUAUGCAGCCCUUCUGGUAACAUUCCUUGUGCACAGACACAGACCCGGCCUCGUGCUGCAAUGUGCAGACAAUCAGGCACCUUCUCCUCCCUGCUCUGUUCAGUCCAAGAUCCAAACAAAAGCAUCACCCUUAAGAUACCAGUAACACUUGAAGCACAUGGAACUCUUCAGCCUUUAAGGCAGUUUAUCAGUCUGGUUGUUAUGAGAAGCAAAUAGUCCCAAGGACAGCUGAAGAAAUGCCAUAAAAGAAGUACCUCUAAAAGAUUGCGUAACAGGAGCUGUGGAUUUUCAGUAAGGACAAGUUUCCAGUAAUGAUUUCUGUGUUGAAAGUUCUGGUGGGGAUUUCCCAGCCGUGGGUAUCCUUUCCAGUUUCCUCUUUUGAGGGGUUUGAAUUUGCUUAUAAAUACCCUCUUUGAGUCUGAGAGCACACGAGACCAUCUCCAGCUCCUUUGACUUUGCUGUUCUGCAGUGGUGAGUGACAUUCUGAAUUUGUGAGCUGUGUGCAGUGUUAUGAGCUAGUGUUUUGGGAGUAGAACCAAUGCUUUAGCAUGUGGGGCUUCUUUGUACUCAUGACAGGAGCAGCAGGAAGUGCUAAAAUGCUGGUUUCUCUUGUGCACCUGCUUUUGUUGUGGAGCUUGUGGUUGCACAGAGGGCACCACUCCUUGCAGGGGGAGAAGGGUGUCCUGGGUGAGCCCUCAGCACUGAGGCAGCAGCCCAGACAGAGCUGGGGGUGUGGUGGGUUCUCAGUGGUGCUCCAGAACUGCUCAUCUCUCUCACUGUCUCCCAGCUCCCUGCUUGGCCAGGAACCAUGAGGCUCUGGGUCUGCAUCGCGUUGCUCGCCGUUGUCCUGUGUGUGAGUGCUGAGAGACCAAGGAUAGUCCGAGGAAUAGUCCAGGCUGGAAAAUUUGCCCGGGAUGCAGUGGGAGGGGCACGGGAUAUGUACAGAGCAUACAGGGACAUGCGUGAGGCGAAUUACAAAGGUGCUGACAAGUAUUUCCAUGCCCGUGGGAAUUAUGAUGCUGCCCGGAGAGGACCUGGUGGUGCUUGGGCAGCGAAAGUGAUCAGCGACGCCCGGGAGGGCUGGCAGAGCCGCGUGAGCGGCAGAGGCGCCGAGGACACCCGGCAGGACCAGGAGGCGAACAGAUGGGGCCGGAGGGGCGGGGACCCGAACCGCUACCGGCCCAAGGGGCUGCCCAGCAAGUACUAGCGCUGUACUCCGCUCCUGCUACACCUCGCUUUGUACUGCACAAUAAAGGAAUCCUCCUGAAAA